AUGCAUCUUCGCUUUGAGCGGAAUCUCAUCGAUUUCUCUGAUAGUCAGCAGAAGAUUACUGCCCUGUCAUGGUCGCCAACGAGGCAGAAGAUUGCGGCAGCUACCGCAGACAGGGUGAUCUACCUGUUCGAUGAAGGAGGCGAACUCAGGGACAGGUUCAGAACAAAACCAAAUGAUUCAGAUGGGCACUUUGUUUAUAUGGUGUGGGGAAUGGCGUUCUCUCAGGACUCAACAAUAUUGGCCACAGCGCAGAGCGAUGGGGUGGUAUUUGUGUAUCGAUUGGGACUGGAAUGGGGAGAAAAGAAGAGUAUCUGCGCCAAGUUCCCGGCCAACAGUCCUGUAACAAGUAUUGUCUGGCCGCCAAACAAUGCUGACCGCCUCUAUUUUGGAGCGCUCGAUGGAAAGGUGAGGGUUGGUCAUCUGGAAACCAACAAGACUGAGGUCGUGUCAGGUAAUUUGGAGGCAAGUGCGAUCUUGACACUUGCUGCCAAUGGAAAAGGCGAUGCUGUCAUUUCUGGGCAUGAAGAUGGUCGCAUCUGCAGGUAUGACCUGAGCCGGACAUCAGGAGAUGACAACAUGCAAGUGAUGGUGCGGCAUUCAUGUUCGGUUGAGGUUCUGGCAUGGGGUGAUGUCAUCCUGGCAGCUGGCCCAGACUGCAAGGUGGAGAGUUUGCAUGGCACAACUGCCAUGUGUUGGUCCCCCGACAGCAACUAUGUUGUCCUGGGAACACUUUCUGGCGGUGUCAUGCUCUAUUCAACCUGCCUCAAGCGACAGCUCUACAAAGAUAAUUUUGAGAUCACUUACUCUAGCCUCAGCAAGGCAAGUGUCCAGCACAGGCCCACAGGUCAAAGCGUAGCGAUGGCGUCCUCCCUUGGGCAGUCCAUUUCCAAUAUUGAUAUCUACCAGGACCGCUAUGUGGUAGCUAGGACUUCCAAAAGCCUUGUUCUUGGGGACCUCACCAGAAAGGUGACUGGAGAGAUCCUAUGGGGAGGGAAAGGGAAGCAGCGCUUCUAUUUCGGCAAUCCCGAGGAAUUGAAUGCAUCGGCGUCCCACCUUCUGUUCAGGGACCAGCAUGCCAGCCUGCACAUGCUUUAUCUUGCUACCGCCAAAAACGUGCUCCUAUUGGAGCGCUGUUCUUACUGCCAGUGGGUGCCUAGUCUGGACGUCAUUGUGGCCCAGUCAGGCGGCACGCUGCAUGUGUGGUACUCUGCUCGCUGCCCAGGCAGCGUUGCCACUGCUGCAGUGCAAGGCGCAGUUGACAGCAUCAUCAAUUUCCAGGGUAAGGUGGAGGUUGUGCUCACAGAAGGAAGCAGAAAAGAAGCACAUAGGUUGGACCCAGCCCUCAUCCGAUUUGGGCAGACGCUGGCUGCAGGAAGCACAAGAGAGGUUGCUGACAUGGCAAAACAAUCUUCGCUGGAGCAGCUCGUGAGUGAUCUUGUUGAGCAGUUGUCAAGGGAUGGCGACUUUGGAGAAGCGGCCAGUGUCCUGCUCAAGCAGGGCAACCUGCAAGCGGCCAUGGAGUACUUCUUGAAAGCUGGCAUGCCUGAUCAGGCAGCACAGGACACCCGGACAGCAGUGCCGCUGUGCAGGCGGCUAGCAGCUGGCUACGAAGCUUCCCGGCAGCUGGAAAGUGCAGAGCAUUGGUACAUCAGAGCGGGGCUUCCCAAGGAGGCCGCGCAGAUGUGGCUGCGCGCCAAAUGCUGGCCACAAGCCGUGCAUGCGGCAUCACAGCACCUGUCUGACACAGCUGCCCAUGAGCUGUUUGUGGUGCAUGCAAAAAGGCUGGAGGCACAGAGGAGGUGGCAGGAUGCGGAGAGCGCCUGGGUGGCGGUUGGAGAGCCCGCGCAGGCAGUGGCAAUGCAUCGUCGCAACAACGAUUUUGCCGCCAUGUUCCGUGCAGUCCGUCAGCACCAGCCUGAGAGGUUGGCAGACACGCAUGCGCAAUUGGCGCGAGAGAUGGAAGCAGCCGGGGAUCUGAAAGGGGCUGAGGCACAUUUUGUGGAGGCGGGGCAUUGGCGAGGAGCUGCUGACAUGUACGCAAAACACCACUCAUGGGAGGACGCACUGCGGAUCGCCAAAAGUCACGGCGGCACUGCAGCCCAUGACCAGGUGGCAAUUGCAUGGGCAUCAAGCUGCAGUCCCCAGAAAGCAGUUGCAAUUCUGGCCAGGUGUGCAGGGCAUUGGAAGAAUGCAGAGCAGGAGUUCCUGUUGGCAGGGCAGCCAAAGGAGGCGCUUGAGAUGUGGCUGUACCAGAAGAACUGGGCAGUCGCGCGCCAGCUGUGCCAGCAGCACUACCCCUCUGGCAUGCACAGUGUAGUGGACGCUCAGGCAAGAGUGGCUCGUGAGGAGGGGGACGUUGCGCAUGCAGAGGCUCUGUUCCUUGAGAUCGGGCAGCCGCAAGUGGCGCUGCAGAUGCACCAGGAAGCAGGGGACUGGGACGCUGCUCUGCGGCUGGCAGAGCAGCACCUGCCCUCCAUGGUGCCACAGAUCCAGGCCAGGAUGCAGCCUGCAGCACUGGAGCCGCCGCAGCCGGCUGAGAGUCCGCUUGUAACUCAUGCUGAAGCGUUGGAGGCUGAGGGCAGCUGGGCCAAGGCGAUUGAUGCCUACCUGUCCAUCACUCAGCAGCACAUCAGCGACCAAGAUCGCCAGAUCGAGAUGUGGGGUCGGGCGCUGAAGAUUGCAGAGACCAAGAUGCAUUCCAGGCUGGCGGAAGUGGCUGCCACAAUAGGCCGCAGGCUGCAGCGUCUGGGGCAGUUUGAACAGGCCGGCGAGCUGCUCAUGGGCGCCCAAGAUAACAAGGACAAUGCGCUGCGCAUGGCUGUGGAGCAUGCACAUCUGCGCUGUGGCGUUCCCACCGCAGCCGAACUGCUGGAAGCAGGAGGAGCACACAUGGCCCUGCCAGUCUACGCAGAUGCUGGACGUUGGGAGCUGGUGCAUGACGUGGCAGCCAACCUUGACAGCGCCACCAGAGAUGACUACCUCAUCAGGCAUGUGACUGACCUGAUGCACCAGGAGCAGCCAGAUCAGGCAGCACCAGUCCUGGCGCACUAUGGAGCUCCCAAGGCAGCCGGAUUAUACCCUUUCUACCAGAGCAUAGCCCAAGCGCUGCUCAGCAAAGUGCUGCGGACUGCAACGGGGAAGAGCGCAGUGGAGACGGCUUUUUCGGCAUGCCACAGGUUCCUUCAUGGUCUGUUGGUGGAUGCCAAUGGCGCCACACUGCAUCACGACCCUGCAAAGCAGGGCUUACGCAAUGCAUGGGAAGCUGUGCACUACAGCCUGCUUCACAGUAGAUCCGUCAGGAAGGGCUGGCACUUGCUGGCUGCCAAGCAAGCCACAUCUUUGCUGCGCUUCUGUGUGUUCAUUCCUGCCGACUGGGCCUAUGCUACAGCUGGGCUGGCAUGGAGGGAUGCAGGCGCAGCAAACAUGGCGCUCCUAUUCCUGAAUCGCUUCCUUGACAUAGCGGAGGCCAUUGAAGAUGGGCUUGCAGGCAUAAAGCUAGGGCCAAUCCAGGGUGCGGGAGUGGGUGAUCGCAGCUUCCUUGGAUCCCAAAAUCUCACAAUCACCAAAUCAGCGCAGUUGUGA